UGUAGAUUGUUCUGAGCGAUUCUAAGCAACUCUAGUCCGAGGGACGCGACCAUGGAGCCGGUGCCGCUGCAGGACUUUGUGACCGGCCUGGACCCCGCCUCCCUUCCGCGCGUGCUGCGGGUCUGCUCCGGAGUCUACUUCGAGGGAUCCAUCUAUGAGCUCUUUGGGAAUGAGUGUUGCCUCUCCACGGGGGACCUAAUCAAGGUCACACAUGUCGACCUCCAGAAAGUUGUGUGCGAGUGCCCAGAGACAGGUCAGACCCUGGAGCUCAAUCCCAAUUUCACAGGCCUCUUCCGCCCACUCACCAGCCUGCAGAGCUACAGAACCCUGGAGGAGCUCCUCUCUGCCACGCCCCAGAAGUCCGCACAGUGGCCCAUUUACUUCAAGUCAACUCAAAAAAUUGUCACCGAGGCCAGGGUGGUGCCUGAGGAUCAGCCCCUCAGACUCGAGGCUGUGGAAGUGCACCAUGGGAUCCGCCAUGCACGCUGCGUCCAGGUCUCAAAGACCCAGGAGGCCAUCCUUCAUCUGCCGCUUUCCCAGAAGGGACCCUUCUGGAGAUGCAAGCCCAGUGCUCCACAAACCCUGCUCCAAAUCCUGCAGGACCCAGCCGGGAAGGACCUUCAGCUCAGCUGCCCCAGACUGCCCUGGGACUCUGUGGUCCUAAAGCCCCAGUAUGUGCUUCAAGCCAUCAUGCACAUGCGCAGGGGCAUCGUCAAGAUCCCGUCCACUCUGGAGGUGGAGGUAGAAGAUGUCACCGCCUCCUCUCAGCACAUCUGCUUCUUCAAACCUUUGCGGCUGAGCGAGGUGCUGGCCGGGGGUGGCCCCUUCCCUCUGUGCACGGAGAUCCUGGAGGUCCCCGAGGGUCCACCCAUCUUCCUCAACCCGUGGGUGAGCUUCCUACGCAAAGGCCAGAGGCUCUGCAUCUACGGUCCAGCCUCAUCACCCUGGCGGGUUGUGGCCUCAAGCAAGAGCCGAAAAGUGCCCAGAUACUUCACCCUCUCUGGGGCCUACCAGGGCAAGCUCAAGCGGAGGCCAAGGGAGUUCCCCACGGCCUAUGACCUUUUGGGUGCUCUCCAACCAGGCCGGUCCCUCCGUGUGGUGGCCACAACUGACUGUGAUGGGAACGAGGAAGAGCACCCUGACUUUUCUUUCGUGGCUGUGGGUGAUCGGCUGGAGGUGCUGAAGUCGGGCCAGGUCUGUGGGACCAAAGGCCAGGACAUAGAUGUCUUGAUAUGUCAGCGGCUGAGUGAGCAGUCUGGGGAGGAAGAGGAGGAAGAGGAGGAGGAGGAGGACAAAGAACAGAUUCUGCUGCCCCUCUACCUCUCUGGUAGCUUUGUGGAGGAGGUGAAUGACAGCCGACGCUAUAGCCUAGCGGAUCUCACUGCUCAGUACCCCCUGCCCUGUGAGGUCAAGGUGGUGGCCAAGGAUACCCGUCACCCCACUGACCCUCUGGCCUCCUUCCCUGGCCUGCGGCUGGAGGAGAAGCUCACAGAGCCCUUUUUGGUGGUAAGCCUGGACUCACAACCAGAAAUGUGUUUCGAGAUCCCUCCCCGGUGGCUGGACCUGACUGUGGUGGAGGCUGAGGGACAGCCACCCCAGGUGGCUCUGCCGCUGUCUGUCGCUGUGGUGGAGGAACUGUCAGAAGCUUUUUACUACAGCCUCCGGAAGCUGCCAGCCUCUCAGAACCAAGCCCCUCCGCCCAGGCCUCCAAAGAGCCAGGGUAUCAGUAAGCAGCAGCAGAACACGCGCAACUGUAAGGAGGGCGGUGUGAAGCCUCGAGUUGUAGAACCGCAGAAAUCCUGCCCACAGCCUGAACUCAAGGCGAAGACCUUGGAAUCCCUUCCCAAGAACAAAUCAAAUGUAUACAGCAAGAUUUCUGUCCACAAGAAAGACCGCAAAUCCAAUCCUCGAACACAGAAUUCAGUGCUGAGUAUGAAACCCAAAUCUUCAAGCUCACUUGGCAAGUCCUCUACCAUGGAGUCUUAUUUCCUGCCGGACCCAGAUGUGGAUGAGCACGACUAUGAAGAAAUUUGAGCACUUUCAGAAGAAAUCGUCUAGGUGCUGGGGAAGCCACACUUCCAGUUGCACAGGGAAAUGGGAUACCAGCUAACUCUUGGAGGACCUAGGGCAGAGUCCCAAGGGACUGCAACUCUGAUGGGCAUGGGACUGACACUAUUCCUGCCUCUUUGGGUGGGCUUGGUCCCAGAAGUUGCACGUGAUACCCUCAGCCUUAAGAGCCUUGGUGUCCAGACAAGUCAUUCAGGUUCUGGCUUCUCCUAUGGCCCGGCCAUCAGUUGUCCCACUACUAGGCACAGAGAAAAAUCAAAGGCCACCAGCCUCGGUGUUGCCUGCCUCUCAGUAAAGAGAACUCAGUCUUCAUCGUGUCACCCAGUGUAGACCACCUUUGUGGCCUACUUGUGCAGCCCACCUCUGUGGCCUACUUGUGCAGCCCACCUCUGUGGCCUACUUGUGCAGCCCAGGCUCUGUGCCAAGGGGCAGGCAGGAUUCUCUUGUUGGUAGAAGCCAGCUCAUGAUCAAUACCCAGUAAGUGGGCUCAUGUGACUGAAUGUAGGAGUCUGCCCCCAAGAAUAAAAUCCUAGGUGGGACACUAGUUCUCCAAAUCUGUUAGUGGAACAAAGAAAGCUAAUUUACACAAGGGGAGAGACUGGCUCAGAGUUUAAAAAGACUUUGCUGUUCUUACAGAGAAUCCAAGUUCAGUUCCCAGCACCCACAUCAGGUGGUUCACAACUGCCUGUAACUCCAGUCAGGGGAUCAGACACCUGCCUCUGGACUCUGAGCAUUCCCUUCCUAGCCCUGCAACCCCCCCACCCCCCAGUUAGACACAAUUUAAACAGUUAAAGCUGGGUUUGGUGGUGUACACCUUUAGAAGGUAGAAGCAGGUAGAUACCUGUGAAUUCCAGGUCAGCCUGAUGUACAAAUAUAUUUAUUAAACAAAACCAAGAAACUGUGGAAACCCAAAGUUGGGGAAAUCUGGCAAGCCCUUGGUGGUACUUUGACACUGUUAAAGAAAGUUGUUAGUGACAGACUGCCCAAGAUUAUCUUAUGAUAAAGCUUCAGAAUAAAAAUGACACACGCUUCUGUA